AUGACUCCGACAACAAACUGGGGAGACAUACAUAUUGUUCCUCCUGAUUUUAAUAGUGAUGGAACACUAUUGACCGACCAGCCAUCGGCUGAACCUACGGUCGUUAGCGUAGGUCGUUGGAGUACGCAAUUAAUACAAGUUCUUCCCAGAGUACCGUUUGUAUUUUCUUUAAGAGCGAAUGAAUCAGCCCACAUCACCGGUCGUGUGUUCGUUACCAGCUCUGUGAAAGGAAGUAAGAACAAUCCAAAUUCCAGUUCUCCAUAUAUGGUUACAAUUCCAGAUAUCAUUCAGUCAAAGAGUCAGUAUAUAAUCCAAAUUCCUGAAGGCUACUUAACCAACUACGUCACGAUUAUGAUCAUAAAAGAAAACAUAAAAGAUGAUCUUCGUCUGAAUGGACAAGCUAUAGAGGAAGGAAAGAUUCGGUUCGAAAGUGUGUUGCCGAUAAAUUUCUUCAUGAGCUACACCAUCCUGACCUUAGAAGUCUCUACUGGUAUGCUGAACAUAACGACCACUUCAGGAUCAAAUUUUAGUCUGCUUGUCUUUGGCUAUCGGUAUCUCGAUUCCUACGGGUUUGCAGGCAACGUUCCUUCACGUUACAAUUGUUCCAGCAAUAGUUUUUAUGGUUGUAAAUAA